CGGGUCAGCUGAGUAGGAGGAAUGUAUAAAUAUUCCUCUGAACUUUUGUCUGCUGCAGUGUGUUUGUAUGUCUGUGUGUGUGUCGGCGUGAGCGUAUGACUUUAUUUAAGAAAAACCGUCUAAAAUAAUUAUUUUUGCACUAAAUAAUAUUUAAGGCAGCUUUGCUAAAACCACAGGAAGACAGCCCACUCCUGGUGGAAUCAAUCACCAUGGUUGCCACAAGCACAUUGAAGACCAAAAGCAGCGACUGUAUUUCAGAAUUGGUUGACCGAAGAUAUGACCAGGCGUGCAUUGAGAAAGAACUGGAUUUCUGGGAUAACUGCCUGGCUGAGCCCCAGAGGAAUGCAGAUGUCUCGGAGGACAGAACCUGUCAACAGCUUGCGAAGAUGUUUGAAAACUGCCUGUCACAAGCCAAGAAGACAACACUGCACUGCUCCUCUGUGCUGGUACCAGAGAAGCUCACACGCAGAAUAGCUCGCGAAGUCCUGCGGCUUGCAUCUUGCGAACCCUGUGGCCUGCGCGGCUGCGUCCUCUAUGUCCACCUGGAGCUGGACAAGGGCUGCAAGCGGCUGGAGCGCAUUGUGUACGAUGCCACUGUGGUGCCCACGUUUGAGCUAACUCUUGUGUUCAAGCAGGAUGGCAAUGCCUGGCCGAGCCUCCGGGACUUCCUAUUUAUGGGAACCUGCUUUGCCCCGAAUUUCAGGCACGUACUUAAACUGAGUCCCGGUUUCCGGCUGGUCAAGAAAAAACUGUACUCCUCCUCGGCUGGUACCGUGGUAGAAGAGUGCUGAACUAUGGGAGGCAUUGGAGUGGGAUAUCUGGUUUCCCAUGGGUAAACGCACUUCUGCCCAAAUGUAAAUGACACUCCAGUGGUGUCAUAUUUUCUACAGUGUUUUUGUACAAUAUGGUUUGUUAGUUUAACUAGUAGUAGCCAGUCAGUUCAGUUUGGGACUUGGGAUGUAACGUUAAAAGCUUAGGCAUAAAUGAGCCUGAUGGAUCUGGGUUUGGCUUCAGUGUUUCUAAAAGUGCUGUGUUUUUUUUUUUUUGUUUUGUUUUUUUUAUCUGAAACUGUAAUAUUCUGGGUGUUUUCCUAAUCAUGAGCAUUUCAUGUUCCAACACAAUUUUAAAUUGUACAUUUUGCAGAUGAAUGUAAAACCAUGUUCGCAUAAACAUGUUUGAGGGCCAUACUGUGGGUACACUUUGUUAAAGACACUAGCCACUUUGUUGAUGCAUCUGCCUGUUUCCAGAUGCAGUGAAUGUGUUAAACAGUAAACACACCUAGGCUUGAAAAGGAGACUAAAAGGUAGUCCUUGGGGGCCAUAUGUAGCUAGUUGUGUAAUGCUGUAUUUAGGGCUGCGGAUGUUUUUAGGACUGUCCUGUGACGAUGCUGCUGUCAUGGUGUGGGCUUCUCACACUGAGGCAAUGUGGAUGCCUUAAAUGUCAAAGAAAUUUAAAUGUUUUUCACUUGGAUCACAGAGCUAUGUGUAUGUUUAGUGUAAAUGUUUUAUUGCAUUUUUAUUUUUAUACCCCCUCCUACAGAUGCGCCUUUUCAAUGAAGAGCCUUCAUAUAUAGAUUAUUAAAAGGAAGGUUCACCCAAAUGUAAAAGCUUUGUUAUGGAUUUUGUCAUCUGGGAUGUGCAAAGAAAUUACUGGAGGUCCAGCUAGUAAUUUGUGAUUUUUGGUGAAUUCCCUACAGUGUUUGGGGUGGUGUGUGUGGGUUUUUUUUUUCGGUUUUUUUUCUUUUUAUUUUAAAUGCCAUUUGAACUCCUCCUUGACAAAAACUAGGUCUUGUCUAUUAGACAAUAAAAAAAAGUUUUUUUUAACCUCAA